GCAGCACUCGGUGCAGCCGGAGUACUCUAUGAUCAGGAGUACAGGAUAUGUUCUCCCAUCUCCCUCCCUCUCCCGCACCUCCCUCACUCACCCGACUACCUCCACCGCGGGUCGCCGUAUCCAAGCCUCCGAGCGUCGAACAACCAGCCCCCACCCACAUCCAAGGGGGGCGUGCCGCCGCCGGUAAUGGCCAGCAUCACCGUGCGCUCGACCGCCUCCCGACCCUGGCCUCGUCGCCAGAUCCGUACCCCGCCAUGGCUCGGCCCCCGUCCUCCUCCGACCUCCUGCUGGUCGCUGCGGCUGGAUCCACCCUUCCAACCUCCAGAUCCGCCGCAGCCCUGCCUUGCCUCACCGCCCUGCGUCAGUCCCGCGGCUGGGCUCUCCAAUCCGCGGCCUCACCUCCAACAGCAACCCCGCUCCCCUGCGACGGAACUGAGCGCCGCCGUCCCCCUUGCGCUUCCCCCCGGUGGCUUUUCCUCACUUCCAGGCAAAUCUGUCCCACCUUUCCUCUGCCACCAUGACUGCUCGGUUUGACCAGCGAGCCCUGCCGCCAUGAUUUGGUCUAAGAGCAACGUCGGGCACCAGCAGGAGAGCCAUCGCCGGAGGUGCUGGUGUGGCCGAAUCCGGAUAUGCACAAAAGGGGAGGCGCUGAGCUCCUAGCAGCCGACAACAUGGCCUCUUUCCGCCCACGGAGAGCACGACCGGCGACGGGCUCAGGAUGACCCAGUGCAGCUCAUUGGCUCAUUGCGUGCAGCUCUCCUACUGAUGUUUGUGCAGCUCGCAAAGCGUUUGUCUCAGUCCACCGAUGCACACGAUGUGCAGUGCCACCGAAGGAGCAGGCAAACAUCGAUGGCGGCUCUCCCUCGCGCCUUCUGUGCACUUCACCCCGCUCUUCACCGACCCGCCUUCAUCAUAUUCCCCUGAGGUACCAGCCCACACACGACAAGCAGUGCGAACGGCGACGCCGUGCAGUUCGCCGUGCGAAUCCCCUACAGUGCAGUUCAGCCGCUCACUGAGAAGUCCUUCGGAGGCCUCCUUGUGCAUUUCACGCAGAGCGCCCGUGCCGUGCGUAGCGUGUGUGCCUGCAAUCCACGAAGCACAACCGUGGCCGCCGCGAAGUGCACAAGGAGAACGACAGUGUAGCCCAAAACUGGGCGGUGUUCUGCUCUGGGCAUCGCAGUCUGACAAGGCAUCCGGCGAGCGCCUCGCCCCGCAGCUGGGGGCGCGUGUGAUGGCUGUCGCCGCCGCCGGCCAGCUCAGUCGGCCUCCCUCACUGGAGUUCGCGGCGUCCUCCACCAGGUCGAUGGAGCUAACCGCAGCGACUCGCGGCAUGCAGCUCCCGUGCGCGUGCUUGUGCAGCUCUUGUCCGUGUGCGUGUGCAGUUUCCCCACUAUGUGGAUGUGCAUGUGCAGCUCCCCGGCGAAUUGCAUGGAGCUCUCUAUUUUGCUUUGGCGUACUGCAGUUUUUUUGGUUCCAUUUUUGUUUGCUAUUGGCCAUGGGUGUUGCAGUGUAGAUUGCCGUUUGCCACAUCUCGCCAUUCCCUCGCACUCUUUUGUUCUCUUUUCAGGAGGCUAGUUCCAGUGGCUAGUCCACGGACUGCAUUGAGGACAACGCCCUUUUCACGUUGGAAAUGCUUCGUGGCCGAAGAGAUCCUAGCCGACAUGUGUACGGUUCUGAUGCAGUCCCUGCGCUCCGUCGCCAAGCCCACAGACGGCAGUGCGCCGAAGUCUUCGUCGGGGACUCGCUUGUCGCACGUCCUGCACUCCACUUGGGCAUGCCACGCGUGUCCAGCAGUACCGCCGUGCAGUCCGCGCGUCGUGGCCGUGCAGUUCUCUCGGCGACUCUGGACCAGAGCUGCCAUGUGCGGGCGCGGUUCAGUUGGACCUAGCUCGGAUGGGCUGCGUGCGUGAUUCAGUUUUUUUUUUUUUGCGAAUGAUUCAAUUAGAAAAGAUCCGUCAGAUGAAAAGAUUAGUGACCCAAUUGGGUUUUAAAAUUUUCUAAAUACUUAAACGCGCAGCUGCGCUAUUUGGACGCUGCGAGCGCACGCGCUAGACGACAAAAAGUAGGUCGCUGUCCGGAACAACGCGUUAUCUAGUGGGUAGUGUAAAGAAUACCUAUGCGCAUGCAUGUGCUGACGUCA